AUGCUCCUUGCACCCAGUGGUUUUGCUGUGGCGGUCAGAGGCACUACUUCAUUAAAUGGGGCGUGGGACCCUGAGGCUACGUGGCGAUUUGACCACAGUAUCUUCGGCCGGGUCUUUCAUGGACCUCGGCCUCGGCCCAUAAUGCCGUGGUUGUACCACAGCCGAGAAGAGAUUCCUUCUGACGACCGUGAUUUAUUAGGCACAAAUAGCGUCAGAGUGACUUUUGCAGAUACUCACCCCAUUUCCACCGUUCGUCCUUGGGAACGCAAUCCGGAGUUCUUUUUCAACCGAGGAAGCGUGUGGACUUCAGUCAAGAACCUGUGGAGGUAUUUCUUCUUGAAAGCUGUGGAGGUAUAUCUUCUUGAAAGAAAUCCUGCUCCAACAGAACCUGGUUGCCUUUUCAUUUGA